AUAGAUCUAAGAACAUACGUGUACCAUCACUUUCAUCUACUACGGAUCUGACGUAAAUUUGAAUUGCAAAGAUGUCAACUUCUGCUACCAAACCUCAAGGUAGUGGUGACCAUGCCCAAGCUGUGGCAGAACAUUACAACCAGUUGCAGGAAACUGGUUUGGCUCAAAGAACUCGCAGUCGUAUUUUUUACCUCCGCAACUUUAACAACUGGGUCAAGAGUGUUCUCAUAGCUGACACUUUGGACAAGAUUCGCGAACAGGAUCGCCACAAACACAUCUCAGUUCUUGAUCUGGCCUCAGGGAAGGGAGGGGAUUUACUGAAAUGGAAAAAAGGGAGAAUUAGUAGUUUAGUGUGUGCAGAUAUUGCUGCCACUUCUGUGCAACAGAGUGAGGAACGGUACAGACAGAAUAGUCAGAGGGAAAAGUACAAAUUGUUUGAUGCAGAGUUCAUUGUAGCAGACUGUACGAAGGAAAGACUCAAAGAUAAGUACAAGAGCACCAGACAGUCCUUUGACCUGGUCAGCUGUCAGUUCUCUUUCCACUACUGCUUUGAGAGCUACCAGCAGGCUAUGAUGAUGAUCAGAAAUGCCUCUGAAUGUCUUCGGCCAGGUGGUUAUUUCAUUGGGACCACACCAAAUUCCUACGAACUUGUACGGAGACUGAGAAAUUCCCCAAAUUCAACUUUCGGCAAUGAAGUGUACUCCAUCUCCUUCGCCCAGCAGGAGAAGAGUAACUUCCCUCUGUUUGGUGCAAAGUACAAUUUCCACCUGGAAGGUGUGGUGGACUGUCCAGAGUUUCUAGUCUACUUUCCUGCCUUGGAGAAGAUGGCUGCCCAAUUCGGCAUGAAGUUGGUGAAGAGAAUCCCCUUUGCUGAUUUCUUCGAGGCACAUUGUCAAAGUCGGGAGAACUUGAAGUUGCUUGAAAACAUGCAGGCUCUUGAGCCAUACCCUCCCAUGGAAGGCACAGAACUGGUCAGUUCCAAGGCUGAGGAUUAUUCCUCAGUGAAAAAAUUUUACAACUCAGUCGUAGAAUCCCAGUCCUCGGACCAUUCCCGCUCGUCAAAGAAAAUAGGUACAUUGUCACAAGAUGAAUGGGAGGCUGCCACCCUGUAUCUGGUGUUUGUGUUCCAAAAAGUGAAAGACGUGACUCCACCAAUGACAGAUGUGACCAGCUCUAGUGCAGGGCUUGCUUCUGACUCAACGAUGCCAGUGGCGCCAUCCGGUGCUGCUCCCUCUUCUUGACCCUAACUACUGCCCUCAGUUCAUUUGGUUUCCUUAAAGUUACAUGUUGGACCGAUAUAUCCUCAAAAACGAUCGGAAUAAUUUUAAAGUUUUUGUUGACAAAACACAAGAACAAGACUGGGAGUUUAUCCAAAGACAAAAACAGCUGAAGUCAAAGUUUUAUUAUCAUUAAUUGUACUUGCAGGUUUGUGUGAAAUAUUGAGUUUACAUUAGUGAUCAGCAUUCAUCUACUGCUUUUAGCUGAACAUCUUCUUUACAUUGAGUUGUUAGCAGGGAGACAUAUCAAACAGUAGUUUAGUAGUAUUGACAAAAAUUAAUUUCUUUUUUGUUGUUGUCAUGUAGGCACUUUUGUUCCAUGAAAAUGGCCAGUCGUAUCAUGUGAUACCAUGUUGUUCCAGGAAAUAAAAAUCAUCACACAGGGACA